AUGUCUCCCCAGGUACAACCCCUAGAGUCGUCGAGCGAAGCCCAAAGCCGUCUUCCACACCCUGGUCCCGAGCCUGGACGUGCUCUUCGCAAGCGUCCGCAGCAGGCCGACAGUCCCGUUCAAAAGCAAAAGCGUCGUCGAACACAGACUCCUCGUCCAAACCCUCCACCUCCUCGUCCCCACCGAGAUGCUUCCCUCACGGUCUUGAGGCAGACAAGAGAGGGAAUCAAGUUCUUCCUCUCGCUUGAGCAGAUGGGAGAGAACUUGCCUUUGAAUAUCACAAACCUGAUGAAGAACGAACAGUGCACCGGGCUCGUCGGGAUCGAAGGGUCCAUCUGGGCGGCGGUGGACAGAUCUGUCGUUCAACCCAAGCUGGAGCCGUUGGGCACAGAAGGCAAACAUGUCUCGAUGAUGGUGUUUGUAGUCUCGUCCACACUUGCCGGAGCUGUACACCUCGUGAAUAAACGCGAUCGGAGAGUCCUCCCAAGAAUCCAACCACCGAGCGAGCGCCCAUCGGACCAGGCUUGCGUUGAAGUCCUCGACAAAUUGAUCUCCAAAAGACCUGAUGGCGUUGGGAAAUUCUAUUAUGCUGGGCCGGCGGAAUUCUCUUCUGGCCCUGUCGGAAAGCUGCUGGCGGACCUCCUUCAUCCAGGUGCUCUCAAGACACUCCCCGAGUUGCACGGGGCGAACACACCGUGGGUGUACUGGGGAACAGCGUCUUCCGCUACAGCAUUCCAUAAAGAGGAUGCCGACUGGGGCUCGUAUAACCUGGUCUUGUGCGGGUGGAAGCUUUGGAUCCUGAUUCGACAUGAGUCGAAUGAAGCCUUCGAGCGGCUCAUCGAACGAUAUUCGCCACGGGGUGAUUGCAACCAGUGGCUAGCUCACAACCAACUGCUGGUGAGCCCAGAGGUCCUUGCCACGGAAAGCAUCAAGUUCGACAUCCACGUUGCUGGAUCCGGUGACCUGGUCUUUACGCGCCCGAGACAGUACCAUGCGGUGGUGAAUGUGACUGACUGCCUCGCUAUCGCGAUCAAUUUCUGCCCUGUUGGGAGUGCUCCUGUACCAAAGGUGGUGGCGUGCUCGCGCUGCGGACUCUACACGUCCGGAUUUGACGGCGUGGAACUUAUGGAUCCGGAAAGGGAGAGGCAGCAAACAAGACUUCUGCCGGCACCGCCCAAGCGAAUCUUGAAGCGGAAGAGACGUAACUGA